UUUCUAUGAUGAUAAAUGAAAGGAGGCUACGAAUAGCAGAGAUUCUGAAGAAGUGCGGAAAGCAUGGGCUAAUUGAUGAAGGAAGGAAAGCCCAUGCAGCUGCAUUCAUAAAUGGAUAUUGGUUUGAAGAGAAGAUAAGCAAUGACAUUGUACACAUGUAUUCAAAAUGUAGUAGAAUGGACUUGGCAUGCCAAGUGUUUGAUAGAAUGCCUAAACGAAACGUUGUUUCAUGGACAUUACUUAUGUGUGGCUAUUUGCAGCAACGGAAACCAACAGAAACCCUUUUGCUCUUACGUCGGAUGCAUUCCUCAGAUGAGAGACCGAAUGAAUUCACUUUCUCCACAUGUUUUAAGGCUUGUGGUCUCCUCUGUUUUCCUGAGAAUGGAAUGCAGAUUCAUGGUUUGUGCGUUAGGACUGGAUUCGAGAGUUUUUCGGAAGUGGGUAAUUCAAUGAUUGAUAUGUAUUCAAGGUGUGACAGAAUUAAGGAAUCGGAACGAUGUUUUAAUGUUAUGCCUGUUAGAACUGUCGUGAGCUGGAACGCGAUGAUUGCUGGCUAUGCAUCCUCUGACAAAGAAAUGGGUGGUGAUAAGGCCUUGGAUUUGUUAAGGAAGAUGCAACGAGAAGAGGAAAUAAUACCCGAUGAGUUCACGUUUACGAGCAGCCUGAGAGCGUGUAACUGUGUUGGCGGAAUUCGGGAAGGAAGCCAAAUUCAUGCUUAUUUGAUAAAAAGAUGGUUCAAUGUUUCUCUCCAUGAGAUAACUUCUGGUGCACUUGUUGAUCUUUAUGUCAAAACAGGCAACUUAUCUAGUGCACACAAGGUAUUUGAUGAAAUUCAAGAAAAGAACAUUGUGUUAUGGUCUAGUCUUAUUCAAGGCUAUGCACAACAGAGAAGCCUGGAGGAAGCCAUGAAUCUGUUUAGGCAGCUCAGAAAGAGUAGAACAGUGAAGGUAGAUGGGUUUACUCUCUCAAGUAUGAUCAGUAUUUUUGCUGAUUUCGCUCUGGCGGAGCAAGGGAAGCAGAUGCAUUCUUAUGCAACGAAGGUUCCUUAUGGAUUAUGGGUAUCAGUUUCGAAUUCGAUUGUCGACAUGUAUAUGAAAUGCGGGUUAUUAGAUGAAGCUGAGAAACAUUUCAACGAAAUGGAAGAGAAGAAUCUAGUUUCUUGGACAGUUAUGAUCACUGGUUAUGGGAAGUAUGGAUUUGGAAGGAAGGCGAUUGAUCUAUUCGAGAAAAUGAUGUUGAAUGCAUUCGAGCCUGAUAGAGUAACACACUUGGCUCUCCUAUCAGCUUGUAGCCAUUCUGGUCUCAUCGAAGAAGGUAAAAAGUUCUUCUCAGAAAUAUCAGAUAAGAAACUCGGAAUGGAGCAUUAUGGUAGCAUGUGUGAUCUCCUUGGACGAGGUGGACUUCUAGAAGAAGCUAAGAAGCUGAUAGAGAAUAUGUCGGUAAGACCUGAGGUCGGUAUAUGGCAAUCGCUACUCAGUGCUUGUCGGGUGCAUAGAAACGUGGAAAUGGCGAAAGAAGUGGGUGAGACACUUCUGAGAUUGGACAGUGAUAAUCCUGUCAAUUAUGUGAUGAUAUCAAAUGUAUAUGCUGAUUGUGGCCUAUGGGAAGAAAGUGAGAGAUUGAGGGGAUUAGCAAGAAUUAAGGGUUUAAAGAAAGAAAUCGGACGGAGUUGGGUAGAGAUUGAUAAAGUGGUUCAGUUCUUCAGCAGUGGAGACGAAACGCAUCCACUCACAGAAGAAAUUCACAGUUUCUUGAGAGAAAUGGAGACUAGGUUAAAAGAAGAAGUUGGUUACUGUAAAGAGGUGAAAUUUGCUUUGUAUGAUGUGGAAGAAGAGUCGAAAGCCGAGACUUUAAGGUUUCACAGCGAGAAGUUAGCGAUCGGACUGGCCUUGAUUCAUGGAGGCUCGGGGAACAAGAAGGGAGUUAUUAUUAGGGUUUUCAAGAACUUGAGGGUUUGUGGGGACUGUCAUGAAUUCAUUAAGGGUCUGUCGAAGAUUUUGAAGACGGUUCUGUUGGUAAGAGAUGCUAACAGGUUCCAUAAGUUUGAAGAUGGUAAAUGUUCUUGUGGUGAUUAUUGGUGAAGAAACAUCAUAUAUAUAUAUAUAUUACUAAACAAAAUAUUUUUCCAAAAGACAAAAGGGAUCAUUUACUGUGGUUUUACAUGAAGGAGAAACAUUUUUCUUCUACUUGAUCAUAAAAGCACCAAACCAUGGUUUAAAGACAAUUGUUAUUUAAGGGGGAGUAAUAGAAAUGUAUUAUGAGGACAUAUCUUCAUAUGAGGACUCUUCUUCUGAAUCGGGAACAACAACACUUUCAAUGGCAGUAUUACGGGAAGGUCUUUGCCUAAGAAGCUUCUUUGCUACAACAACAUUGUUCCCUGAAAAUAAGACAGUUUUUAUUUGAUACUCCCAUGUGAAUCUAUAUUAAUUAUUGUCGCAUAAUCAAAGAUUAGUUACCUGUCUGCUUUUGACGAUUUCUUGUGUUAA